UCUCACAUCCGGAUAUCCGUCGAGCCUGUCGCGAACUUGACGCGUCCACCGCGGCCGUUGAGGAUGUGACGGCUCGUACAGUUGUUGGUAUUAUACAGGACAUCGCGCAGUCGUUAUAAGUUUUUCAAAAGCCGAACGAUGACCCUGAAGAUACUGCUGGCGAGCUUGCUUAUCGCGGCCACAACGAGCUCGGUUCUACCGUCGUUGGAGGAUCAUCAUGGGAUACCCUCGCGCAGCCACAGAAUUGUUUGGCCACUUUGGUAUCGCGACAGACUGCCCCACGCUAGGCACGAUCGCCUUGAUGACAAACUCGUCGUCCGAGAGACAACUACUACCGCGAGAAGCCCAUGGACGCCACAGCCACAGGUUUCCACGACGAGAUCACCGCAACAGAUAAAUUCGGCAUCGGGGCAUCUGGAGCAACGGAUGCUGGAACAAAAGUUCAAUGGUGCCGUGGCGAUGGUGGAGAACGGUGGUACCAGGGCGAUAGCGUACGCGGGUUAUCAUAGCAAUCAUCGUCAGCAUCAGCCAAGAGAGAUGGGCGCGCAAGGCUUUCAGCCGAUUACUACAACCGUCCCUACGUACGCCAAACAUCAUUCGGGGAGGCGAGUAUGCACUAGGCAAACUCCUGCAGUUUCUCACCAUCAUCGAGGAAGACAAAUUAGAUUAGUAUACACUGAGAUGACUUCUAGUUUCUUUUGUUGUCCGGGAUGGUCACAAGCUACUCACUUGAGUUUCGGUUGUAAUAAACCCAUAUGCCCAACGCCAUGUCUAAAUGGUGGAAUUUGUACAUCGCCUGGCAAAUGCACAUGUCCCAAAGGAUAUACCGGCAAUCAAUGCCAAACAGAUGUGGAUGAAUGUGUGCUGGAGAAACCAUGCGGGCAACUUUGCACAAAUCUACCUGGUAGAUAUCGAUGUCACUGUAGAGUCGGAUUUCAACUUCAACAAGAUGGCCAAUCUUGUCGAAGAAAUGACACAGACGAAAAUGCUUUUGAGGCACGCGAUUUAGAGACUGAUUUUCAUGACGUGUCGGCAACAAAGGAUCCAACUGAUUUUCAUGAUACCGAAAAUGAAGUUAGCGACGAUGAUCAAGACUACGAGGUCAUCUUAAAGAGACUGAUUAAAUUGGAAAAGCAAGUAGCCAGAAACAGAAAGAGAGAUACAGAGGCUUCCGAGAUGAACACUAAAGUUACAUUGGCGGUCGAAAGUAUUAACGAAAUGAAGAGAACCGUCGAAAAUGUGCAACUGAUGCAACAAGAAGUAUAUGACAUGAGAACCAAAAUGAGACAAUAUGAAGCAGAAAUAAGAAAAAUACAUCAUCUGAUGAAUCGCGUCGCGGAAUUAGAAAAUCGUUUGAGAAUACGUUGCAGAUAUCAAUAAUUUGUGCAGGAUCGUUGAACUUCUAGAGUUACUAAA